GGCCAGGUCCCGAAUAUGUUCCAUGCCUGGUUUUACAAGUGAAAGGAGAUAGCUUGUCGGCGUCUUCCAAGAAGGACUUCGCCCGGUACUAUUUCCCGUUCCCCUCAGCCAUCAACGGUCUUUCCUCCAAUAGCAAUACCCUUCCCAAGCCCUAUCGGUAGUCAAUAAGCUUGACAUCUAAGUUAAGCUCGAACUGCUAGUCUGGCACCGCAUAGCGUUGCGUCACGUCACCUAAACUUUGCUUGAAUAUUGAUUCUUUCAGAGUCGGAUCAACACCAAACGCUCGAACUAUCAUGGAACAUGGAUUAUCCGUGAUGAGAUCUAGUCGAUGAUACAUUGUUCAGUUCCCCAUCAACUCUUCUUCUUCUCACGCCUCCCGAUGUCGAUUCUGCGCCCACCACUCUGUAGGAUGCAGACGUCAACUUCAAAUGUCCUUCAGUGCUUGCCACUGAGUCAGAACCCAUCUCGAAGAGAAUCCCCAGAUUCGAAAAUGUCAAAUACAUCCACACAAAUUUCCACCAUUUCCACCAUUUCCACCAUUUCAACCAUUGCGCAGCCCAAAAGGGAACACACAAGAAAAGGGGGCCCUCGGUCUCGCGGAGGCUGCACUACAUGCAAGUAAGUAAACAUUCGAGGUUGAAGAGCCAUUUGCCAUCCUACUCCAAGCUGACAAGAAGACCAGGAUUCGAAGGGUCAAGUGCGGAGAAGAAAGACCAGGUAAGUCGGGAAAUAUGUUUCUAUGUACAAGUAUUCUGAGCUUCUUCUCCGCAUUCAAGGCUGUCUGAGAUGCGAAAAGUUUGGGAUGAAAUGCGACGGGUAUACGGAUACAAAAAUUAAACGAGCGCCACCUCGAGCUCUCCGAAAGGAAAAGCCCGACCGACCACUCCUCAUUCCCAUCGCUCCAGCCUCAAGGAUUUCUGUCUCGUCACCAUUUCAAGACCACGUCGAGUAUCAAUACUUCCGGCUCUUCUGCGACGAAAGCUCGGAAAGGUUUUCGGAUAGCAAGGAUAAUUAUUUCUGGAAAAUUGUGAUUCCACAGGCGUGCCAUGCCGAAGAUUGCGUCAAAAAGUGCGUGAUUGCACUUGUCGCAUUAGAUAGAGCAUACCGCUCGCGGCAGCUAUGUUUGGAGUCAGAAUCGGAGUCUCCUGCUUCGGAAGAUAGUGGUAAUCAGAGUCUUAGUGGGGACAGGUUUGCAUUCAUAGGCUUCAUUCUGAUAUAUUGCUAAUCGCAAGUUCACAGCUAUCACAGGCACCGCAACUACGCUCUACGCAAGUAUGGGCGCGCCAUCUUGGGAGUACAAGAUAUGAUGGAGAGAGGCACGAACAAUGUACGGCUUGCUUUGAUAGCGGCCUUUCUUAUAUAUUCUUUCGAGAUUCUGGACGGGAAUAUCGGCUCAGCAAUUAACCAGUUAUGUUCGGCAGUCAAACUCCUGUACAGGGACCCAAGAUUCCAAGAAUUCAGCCGCUCUUCCGUUUCCACUCGGCUCCCGACAGUUGAUAGCGACAUUUCCACUGCCAUGUCCCGCGUCUGGUUGGAUUGCACCAAAUACACCCGAGUCGAAAUCAAACGAAAUUGUCCCAAUGACAUCCGGAAGAAACAGAAAGAGCUGGCUGAGCUCCAACCAAAUCUCAUUCCAUUCAGUACACUGAGAGAGGCUCAGGCCACCUGGGAUGCACUGGAAGGAAUUGUUUCCGCUACGCUGCGUGGAGGUGGGAAUCUGUCCGAGACCAGCAAAGAAACCGAUUUGGUCAAAGCGAUGCAAAGAUGGGCAGCAGCAUUUGAACCGAUCAUGAGACAGGCACAAACCUUUGAGCGAGAAAGCGAUCUCGUUGGAACGCUCAGUCUACGGGCACAAUGGCUACGUUGUCAAUUCGGACUACUGAUUCGUACCGGAACUUGGUCAAUAUCGCUCCGGGACCAGAUCUUCUCCAUAUUCAAGGAGUUUGUUGCUCUAGGACGCUUAAUUGUAAAGAAUCCUUCUUUCCAGAGGGGAUUUACCGUUGCCACUGGAAUGAUGCCCAUUCUCUUUGUCGUUGCUCUUCGAUGUCGUCGCACACAGGUUGGGGAAGACGCCCUAGAGGUUUUAAGGGAUAUGAGGCCAAGACGCGAGGGAUUUUGGUAAGUCUCUCUUCUCGUAAUCAAGGACACGAUACGAAUUUUACGGAGCAACGAUAUUGUUGAAAGGGAUAGCACUGACUGAUUCUAUAGGGAUAGCAUAAGUUCAGUAAGAAUAGUAGAGAACAUGAUAAAUUCACGAAUCUUUGAUGAUUUCCUCACGCAAGAGGAUUCAGGCACCAAGUUAUUCCACAAGGACUACAUAGUUGGAAUUGUAUACACCCCCUCCAACGAACAUAUCGAAGAAGUCAUAUCCGAUAUCUCGCAAAAAUAUCUCGAUGACAUGCGAGACUAUGCGCCGCCAGUCAGUAACGUAAGCUCACCAAACACGUGAAACUCCGUUGCUGUAGUCUUUCUAAUGGGGGAACACAGGUCUCGUCUGCCGCGAAGCCGAUACCGCAAAAUCGGAUGGAAGAGGAGCCCGUGAGCGAUCCGGAAGACGUGUGUGGGGAAGGAACGGAGUCCGAGAAGGUGUCUAGAUUCUAUAGCGGUAUCGCUAAUGCCAUGAGUUUUGGGUUUCGGGUGGUGUUGGCGGAUAUCUUUGCAGGGCCGCAUAGAAGCGUUGUUCUGAGAUAAAGUGCAAAAAGCCUACUUUCUGACCAGGGUUAUAG